AUGGCCUCCCGCAGCGCGGGCACCCUCCUGACCGAGUUCAAUGCCGCCUACGUGCCCCCCGGCCUCAUGCCCGGGUACCAAGGCCAUGUUCCCAGUGUGGCCUUCUCCUUUGGCUCCCCCUAUGGCACCACCACCCUCAAGUACUUCCAGGACUACCGCAAUGCAGCCAUGGAGAAGAGCCACACUCCCUUCAGCAAAGGCGGUCACUUCCCGACCAUCUUCUCCUCCAACCCCAACCUGGUGCUCAUGAGCCGCUCCCACACCUGGGACCGCUGGCUGCACAGGCCCAGCUACACCCGCUACAACCUGGACAGCGACCGAUCCACCCAGCUCACGCAGUUCUACCAGACGGCACAGCAGCAUCGGAAGUACUAUCAAGACAAGACAGGCAUGGUGCCCCGGGUCCCCUACUUUGUGCUGCCCCUGAUGGAGUGGGAACGGUACCCCAUCCCCACCGACUUGCCUCCUCUGAGCCCAGAGAAGAAGUGGCACCUUUUCAGAGCAUCUCCCAAGAACCUGAAGACCUACCAGACAUUCCCAUCGGGGAAGAGGGUCUCUCCACAGGAGCGGCAGAGGAGAGACUGCUACUUUGAGUUCAGAGCAUGA